CUAAGUUUUUGGCUUGGAGAGAUGGGGGAUUGCGAGCAUUGGAGCGCGCAUUCGCGGAUCUGCUAGAUUUCUGGGAUCUGGAGUGAUUUCUCAAUGCAAAUGCGCGCGGAGGAGUGUUCUUGACAAAGAAUGGCGCUGGCAGCUGCCUUGGAGGCGGAUUUGCGAGCUCUCUCGGCGGAAGCUCGACGCAAGUACCCGGCAGUGAAGGAUGCAGCUGAGCACGCAAUUCUUAAGCUGCGAACGAUCACUGAUCCCAGCCAAAUCUCUCGAAACGAUGAUGUUCUCCGGCUCUACAUGCUUGCCUGUGAUACCAGGAACGUCAAGCUCAGCAUUUUGGGACUCUCGUGCCUACAAAAGCUCUUGGCUCACGACGCGGUACCUCCUUUGGCGUUCCCACAAAUUCUUGAGACCUUGCAAGAGCAUUGUGAGAUAAAUGAUGAAAUUCUCCAGCUGAAAACUUUGCAAACAAUUCUCACUAUCCUUCAAUCGAAGCUCCAUCCAGGAGACGAGAAUAGUAUGUCAAUCCUUCUUGGUCUUUGCCUCGGCUUACUUGGUAAGAGUCGCAAUCCUGAUUCCGUCCAAAGUACUGCGGCUGCGACUCUACGUCAGGCUAUAGCACUGAUAUUUGAACGUGUGGUUUAUGCGGAAGAUUUGCCUGCGCAGAAGGGUACGUCAAGCAGGCGGCCAUCACGCUCGAACUCGGUUUCCGGAGAUGUUAGUCGCAGCAUGAUGACAGCCAAGACUGAGGAAACUGCUCCUGGUUCCAGCUCGGAAUCCAGAGUUUUUAUGACGCAAGAAGGCCGGCUUGGGCUCAAGCUUUUUGAAGAUCUAACGUCACUUGCGGCUGGUGGCCAGGCAAAGUGGCUUUCUUUUCACUCCCUUCAACGAACAUUCGCUUUUGACAUGCUUGACUAUGUUCUUUCCAACUACAUCUCGCUUUUCAAAAAUAUCCGACCCUAUCAAGAGGUUCUUCGCAACCAAGUCUGCUCAUUGCUAGCUACGUCUUUGAGAACGACAACAGGGGCUGAAGGUGAACCGCACUUUCGGCGAAUCAUAUUGAGAGCUGUUGCUAAUGUCAUUAGACUAUACAGUUCAAUUGUGUUGGCGGAAUGUGAGGUUUUUGUGAGCUUUCUUGUGAAGAGUACGGAUGCAAGUUUACCGUCAUGGCAUCGAAUUAUGGUGCUUGAGAUCUUACGUGGGUUUUGCAUUGAAGCAAGAAUUUUGUGCUUUCUCUUCGAAACUUUUGAUAUGCAGCCUGAAAACUCGAAUGUUGUUGGGGCCAUGGUGAAGGCGCUAUCGCGCAUUGUCAUCAGCAUGCAGGCACAUGAUAACGAAGAAAGCUGGGCUGCCGUGUCGGGUAUGUUCAACAGCAAAGCUAAAGGUGUUGAGUGGUCUUUGGAUAACGAUGUGAGUGGAGCUGCUAUAGCAAUUGUCAGUGAAGCGCAUGCGAUCACUUUAGCUGUCGAAGGUCUUCUAGGAGUUGUUUUUACGGUAGCCACGCUGACGGAUGAAGCAUCGGAGUCAGGAGAGGUUGCCAGUCCAAGAUGUGAAAAUCCAAACUCUUCUGUUAUAGUAAUACGUGGAGGUCCAUAUGCGACGCUCUGCAUUGCAAUGGUGAACGCACUGUGGCGUACGCUUCUAGAAGCUCUAUCCCUGGUUCUUUCUAGGUGCCAGGGAGAGGCUUUAGUGCUGGAAAUUUUAAAGGCCUACCAAGCGUUUACGCAGGCAUGUGGAGUGCUUCGCAUCGUUGAACCUCGAGAUGCUUUCCUUUCUUCUCUAUGCAAGUUCACUAUCGCACAACCAGUUGAACUAGAAAAAGCUACGAGUGGAGGACAUCUCAUUCCGUUGAUUCCUCUGACACCCGCUGCCUUAAAACGCUCCGAACCACCUGCAGAACCGCGAGAGAGUGUAGUUUUGACACCGAAAAACGUCCAAGCUUUGAGAACGCUUUUUAAUGUCGCGCAUCGGCUUGACAAUGUUCUUGAUUCGUCUUGGAUACUGGUUUUGGAAACUUUAGCGGCCCUGGACCGUGUCAUUCACUCCCCACAUGCAACAACACAGGAAAUUUCAACUGUCGUUCCUCGGAUUACUCGUGAUCAAGGAAGUCAGUCAAGUGAUUUCAACAUUUUAUCAACUCUAGAUGCUCAGCUUUUUGAAAGCUCCGGCAUUAUGAGUACUCCCGCCGUCCGUUCGCUACUUGCGGGACUUAUGGAAGUCUCAAGCAAUGGAGUUCAGGGGUUAACAACAGGCCUUGGCCUUGCUGGCACCAGUUCUGGUCCGAGAACUCCAGGGGCACAAGGACAGCAAACAGGAUCAAAAAUGUUUGCAGUUGAACGCAUGAUAACAGUACUUAUGAACAAUGUGCACAGGGCGCACGUGUUUUGGGAGGAACUGACUGACCACUUUAUCAAGCUGGCAGAGCACGAAAGUUCUCAAGUUCGUACUGUGGCUCUGGAUGCGCUCGAUAGAUCAAUAUGUGCUGUAUUGGCGUGUGAUCAAGUGCGUCAAGACGCAGCUGAUGAUCCCUCGACACUGAGAAAAGACGCUUUUGAAUGUGCGGUCAUACUACCGAUCAAGACUUUAUUCGAUAAUUGUCAAAAGGAUGAAGUUCAGUCAAGUUCCUUGAAGAUCUUGCUGCAUCUUUUGGAGAGGCAUGGUGAAAAGCUGCAUCACAGCUGGCCUGAUAUAUUGGACCUGUUAAGAUCAGUAGCCAAUACUUGUGACAAGGAGUUAGUGCCACUUGGUUUCCAGAGUUUGCAAGUUAUCCUGAAUGACUGUCUCAUGUCAAUACCUUCGACUGCUAUGGACAUGUGUGUGGACGUUGCUGCCGCAUAUGGAGCACAGAAGACGGAUAUUAAUAUUAGUCUGACUUCUGUAGGUCUCUUAUGGGCAACAUCAGAUUUUUUUGCGAGAGGUGUCAACCAUGAAAUUCAAGAAACAGAAGAUCGGAACGUAGGAUCAGCUACAUCCGGAAGAAAGGACCUGGAUUGUGAUACGCUGCUUCUCGCAGUGCUUGGUGUUAUACAAAAGCUUGGGACAGAUGAUAGGCCGGAGGUCCGGAAUUCAGCAAUCCGCACUCUUUUUCAAUCUGUGAGCAGUCAUGGCCACAGGUUCUCAGGGGAUUUGUGGGACAAUUGUUUGUGGAUUUUGAUCUUUCCACUGGUAGAAACAGUUCGACACCUAGCGGCAAACUCUUCAAAGGAAGAGUCGGUUGGAAAGGAGUUGGGAAUGCAUGGUGGCAAACCAGUUCACAUGCUCGUACAUCACAGUCGAAAUACCGCUCAAAAGCAAUGGGAUGAGAGCUUGGUGCUUGUUUUAAAUGGACUAGGACGCCUACUAAAACCUUUUCUACAUUUGUUCCAAACUCUAGAUCAAUUUGGAGAAGCAUGGACGACGAUAUUACUAUUUGGACAGGAAAGUAUCGUUAAUGGCAGCAAGGAAGUAGCCCUUGCAGCAAUUAGUACGUUACAAACAAUUGUCGUGGCUUAUGCAUCUAAGGGAAGCGUGGGCAUGGACUAUUUCAAGACUGCAUUCAACACCUACGAAAAGAUUGUUUAUAAUGUGUGCCAUUCAAGCAGCAAGGUUAUGGCCAAGGCAAAACAAGAGCUACUUCAAAGUCUUGCCGAAGUUUAUGUGCAAGGAUAUAAAAUGUUUGAUCAGUCUACAUAUUUACGCCUUCUAGCUCUAACAGACCUGCUAUCACGUAAUCCCGUGAAUUCAAGCGAUGGUUCUGCCGCUGGUCGAGGCGGAAUUCCUCAAGUUCAGAGGACAUCUCUUGAAGUUCUCCCCACUAUAAAACCACUCGAUGCGACCCUUGCACCAAUGUGGCCAUCGUAUUUCCAGCAACUCGUAUCAUAUUUACCAGGUGGUGAACAAUGCGAACACUGUAAGCUGGGUGAAGAGAUUUAUACAAAACAGCAAACUUUGGAGUCCGCUCUCAGCAAGCUUCCUAGCUCCAAGUGUAGCACAACGAACGGGCAGCAAGAAAACAUCUCACAAGGAUUUUCAGAAAAAGUUGCGGAUAUCCUCGUCGAUCUGUACAAACUUAUGCCAUCUGAUAGUAAGGAACUUGUUCUUCCUGACAUUAUUGGGGGGCUUGGAAGGUGUAUGGCAAUGAGGCGAGACUUUCCAGACGCCGGUAUAUGGAGAACAGCCGUCAAAGCUUACAAUCGGAUCCUACAGGACGAGUUCAGCCCCGAGGCCUCUGGAAAGGACAGGAUAAGUACUGUCAGAGCUCACGUAUGGAAGGAGUUGAUCGAGACAUACGAGAACUUUUUAGUAGGCACCUGCGGUCGAGCAGUUGUGCUUCCCUCUGGCGAACCUGCGGCAGAAGCUCUGAAAGCGGACGAAAGCUUAGAGGCUUGCAUGCUCGACGUUUUGUCUGAGAAAGUUUUUGCGUGUUGCGAAGAUGCUCCGGAAGAUGUCAUCUCGAGAUUCAUCGAUCUCAUUGAUCGCUGCGCUGCUCGAACGUGUGCAUUAUCUCUGGAGAGUGCUGCUCUUCUGCCUCACAAUUGCGGGAGGUUUUCCUUGUUGUGUCUUCAAAAGCUCUUUCACAUAUGCAGCUGUGGCGAUGAAGGUCUAGUGAAUCCUUCAAGGAUCGCUGUGAGUAGGAUGGCUCUUCCAGUUUUGAUGGGACGAUGCAACGUAAUCAUCCGCCAGUUUUCGUUCGACGAGAAACUUAAUGAAGGGGCUUUGUUACCAAGCGUGCGAAAAGAGGAGAUGUACUGCGUGCUCGAGGAACUCUCGAGAUUAGUACUUCAUCCACUGACCGCGACUACUCUCAAGCCAUCUAGGAAUCAGCUGGCGGGAACAACACAAAAGCGAAAGCUGUCCACCAUUAGAGACUCUUUAUCUGUUUCCAAUGGCUCCGAGCAAGGAGCUUCUGAGCGUGCUCACUUGCUGUUACUCUAUUCACCUCUUUGUGAUCUGGUAACUUCAAGAGACGACAAAAUCCGGGAGUCUCUCCAAGUGCUGCUCCGGCUUGUUGGCCGUGAGUUUGGCGUUAUCCAGGAUGAUCAAACUCAAAGCGACCUGCAACACAAAGAUACGUGAAUCUUAAAAGCAGUUUUGGUAGUUCAUUUAACGUCUCGAGAAGGAAAUUCAGAUAAGCUGAUUGAACGAGCGCAUUUUCCAUGGUGGAUCAUGCGAAAUGUGUUUCCUCGGUGCCACGUGUGAAGUGAACGGCGAGUACUUAUUUAAGCGGUGCCUUUGAUCAUGCUUCUCCAGAAGAUGGGACUCCAGACGGCCUCUUUGAUCGUUUUCCUCUUGGUGGUUUCAGUGGCGUGCUCGGGACACUCCCUGCGAGUUGAAAAUGCCGGAAGUAGCAAAGUGUGUCCGCUGUUUUGCAACCUCGACUUGAAAGUAGUGUGCGGCAACAAAGAACUCGACGGUGCGUGUUACAAUUGCUGCAACUUACCAGAUGGAUGCCGCUUCGUCAAUCCAAAUGGCACCACUGCCGCCUGCUCGUAGCUUCUAGCGGUCUCUAACAAAAGAAAAUCAAGAGAAGAACAAGUUUUGAAGCCUUGAUCUUUGAUAAGGAGGAGCUCCAUUUUCCUCCUCUUUCAAAGUCAAUAAAGCUGCCUUUGGAAGGAGUGUA